AACUUCGGUGAAACACUUACCUGUUUCACUCAGGGCAUUAGGUCUCAGUCCCACGCCUGACAGCAACAUGUCUGACAAAGGAGCUUUUGAUACCAAUGUGCAGACGCUCACCAGGUUUGUUCUGGAGGAAGGCAGAAAGGCCCAAGGAACAGGCGAACUGACAAACCUGCUCAACUCCAUCUGCACAGCUGUCAAAGCCAUUUCCACUGCUGUCAGAAAGGCUGGGAUUGCUAACCUAUAUGGCAUUGCUGGGAGCACCAACGUGACAGGGGACCAAGUAAAGAAGCUGGAUGUCCUCUCCAAUGACCUAGUCAUCAACAUGAUCAAGUCUUCCUUCACCUCCUGUGUGCUGGUCUCAGAAGAAGAUGAGAAGGCCAUCAUUGUGGAACCGGACAACAGCGGAAAAUACAUCGUUUGCUUUGAUCCGCUCGAUGGCUCCUCCAACAUCGACUGUCUUGUCUCCAUAGGAACAAUAUUCGCCAUCUACAAAAAGACCACAGAUGGGGAGCCAUCUGAGCAGGAUGCUCUGCAGCCAGGAAGAAACAUUGUAGCAGCUGGUUAUGCCCUGUACGGCAGUGCCACCAUGAUGGUCUUGUCCACUGGUCAGGGAGUGAACUGCUUCAUGCUCGACCCUGCAAUUGGCGAGUUCAUCUUGGUGGACCAAGAUGUGAAGAUAAAGAAAAAGGGAAAAAUCUACAGUCUGAAUGAAGGAUAUGCACAGCACUUUUAUCCAGAUGUGACCGAGUACCUACAAAAGAAGAAAUUCCCAGAGGAUGGCUCUGCCCCAUAUGGCAGUCGAUAUAUUGGAUCAAUGGUGGCAGAUGUUCAUCGUACUUUGGUGUACGGAGGAAUCUUUUUAUAUCCUGCUAAUGUCAAGAGCCCCAAGGGCAAGCUGAGGUUGCUUUAUGAAUGCAACCCCAUGGCCUUCAUCAUGGAGCAGGCAGGAGGCAUGGCCACUACUGGAGCCAUGAACGUUUUAGACAUCAAGCCCACGAGUAUCCACCAGAGAGUACCCGUGGUCCUGGGAUCCCCUGAUGAUGUGCAGGAAUACAUUGCCAUCUACAAAAAGCACAACAAAUGAGCAGGUCAAAUGUGGUGGUGAGCAGCCUAAAUCGGCAAUGACAACACAAUCCAGAGGCUCAGUCAGCACAUUCACUGCAUUUUUCUCGGUCGCUCUGUUGCACUGAUGAAGAAACCAGGGGCUUCAGUGGAUCUAUGAACUCAUACUGUGCUGAUUCUGUCCUGUUAAAGGGUGUUAUUUGUGGAGCGUUACUCUGUAUUUUUUAAAUAAAAACAAAAUGUUUUUCCACGUUCUUCUUA